AUGAGUUUUGCAAGUAAAGUGGUUAUAGUGACCGGCGCCAGUUCUGGCAUAGGAGCUGCUGCUGCAGUACUGUUUACUAAAAAAAGUGCUAAUGUAGUGCUAGUCGGCAGGAAUGAAAGCAAACUGAAGAAUGUCUCUGAACGAUGUGUCGGCAACACGCCUCUCGUCAUCAAAGCUGAUGUAAGUAACGAUGAUGAUGCCAAGAAAAUAAUCAAUGAAACAAUCAACAAAUUUGGAAAAAUAGACGUUUUGGUUAACAACGCUGGAGUUUCUGACAGUGGCACUAUCUUAGAUGGAGGUAUCUUAAAAGCGUAUGAUAGCAUUAUGGCAGUGAAUUUACGUGCGGCCGUCCAUCUCACAGCAUUGAGCGCUCCUCACCUUAUCAAAACUAAGGGAAAUAUUGUUAACAUAUCUAGUAUAGGUGGAAAAACAGUUGCAAUGUCACGAUCCAUACCUUAUAAUAUAUCGAAAGCUGCAUUAGACCAUUUCACACGUGGCGCUGCUUUAGAGUUGGCUUCUAAAGGUGUAAGAGUGAAUACUGUUAGUCCAGGUCCAGUGAAAACGGAUAUUAUAGAGAAUGCAGGAUUGUCGGAUAUAGUGAGCUGGGAUGUUAUGGCUGCAGCUGUACCUCAGAAGAGAUGCUCCGAGCCUGAGGAGAUCGCUGAAAUAAUUCUAUUCCUAGCAAGCGAAAAGGCUAAAGGAAUUACCGGAUCAGAUUUCGUUACUGAUAAUGGAGGCCUUUUACAGUUUCGCCUCUAA